AUGAACAAAAUUCUAGUAGUGGGUUAUGAUGGUGCUACAGGCUGUUUACUAUGCUCUGCUAAUCUUGAGAACACAACUCACAUUUUCUGUAAGUGUCCGACUGCACAGGAAAUUUUCAUUGCUCCUCCAUUAAACCUACAGUCUGUGGCUUUGCCAAACAUGAUCUUUAAGGAAUGGAUGCUAGAGAACGCACUUUUACUCAAGCCAGAGAUUUUUGAAAAGCUGUUAAUGUUAAUCUGGUCUCUAUGGAAAAACCGGAACACUACACUGUGGGAAAAUAAUCCAAAGCCGGCAUCUAUUCUUUUAUGUAGCUCCUUAGCCUGGUUGGAAGAUUUUCAGAAAGCUAGAGCUACUUCUGCAGCACCGAAGCAAGUGGUAAAGCAUCACUGCCAGCCCGCUCAUGGAAGCAGAGUGAAGAUAAAUGUAGAUGGUGCAUUCUUACCAUUGCAGAUGUAUGAGGGAGCUGGAUGUAUUGCUCGAGAUCCAGCUGGGCAAUUCAUGGCUGCGUUUGCGUACCAUUUACCUCAUGUGAACUCAGCUACGCAGACAGAGUUGCUUGCAAUCCGAACUGGACUUCAGAUGGCAGUCCAAUUACAGUUGUCCUCUGUCAGUAUAGAAUUUGAUUGCCUUACUGCUGUCCAUGCAAUCAUGCACCAACAAUAUACUGAUUCUGAGUUUGCAGCCAUCAUUGCUGACAUUCAUGACCUUUAG